AUUUAUUCAUUGUUCCUGUUGGAAAUCUUACGUUGUCAUUUGAAUCUGCUUUGCUGCUGUUGCACCAAAAUGUCCCCCCUUAAGGGAAAUAAAGGGAAUUUUCUAUUCUAGGUUCACUAAAUUCGUUCUGAAAGAUCAGCCGCAGAAACUUGAGCAGGAGCUUUCACGUUUAAGGAAAAUAAGCAUCAGGAAAAUGUAAAAAUACUGUUUUGAAUCCCCGCGAUCAGCUGGACCUAUACUGGGUUUGAGUAUCUUUAUUUUCCAAUCAAAUGUGAUGAAGUUAAUGAUAGUUCUCAUGUUGUUAAAUCAUUUCGCUUCUUCCAAUGUGUCUAGCUUACCAUCAAACGUAUGAGCCCAUCCCUGGGCCUCGAGAUCCACUAUCCAGCAUUAUGUUUUAUAUGUUCCUUGUUUCAACACAUCUGACUUGAAUCAGUGAUGAUUAACAGGCUGCUGCAGAGCCCGAUGGGCUGCUGAGAAGGUCAUUCAGUCUCUGAAUCAGCAGAGAAACGUAUUUAACAUGCUGGGUAGGGAAUCUUGAGCACAUGGCAUCACAUUGGUUGGCUUGACGUGGACUGGAGACAUGUGGCGCUGUCUGUGGCAAGCCAAAGGUGACAAAAAGUGUGCUUCCUAAACAUGCAUAAAAGGGAGCCACGGCUGUCAGACUUUGUUAUUGGUUAAGUCUGUUUCUGAAGAGAAGGCAGCACCACAUCAUGAUCAAACUCGCCUCUCUAACUGCAGAAGGGGAGCUCCAGAUAAAAGUUCUACAAAGCUAUGGCCUCAAAUCUAUAUUGCGAUAUAAUCUGAAGCAUUUGCGGUAACGAUAUAUAUUGCAAUAUAUUUUUCUCUGUUUAUAUAUGUCAAAAUGACAUGCUUUUAAAUAUCCUCAUGUGGCAAAUAUAUGCCGCUUGAGGCAUAUAGGCCUCCUCCUCCGCCCACUCCAUGCUUGCAGUCACGGCCAUUCUGUUGUCCCAAUGUCAGCAGGGCACACAUCUUAGUGACGUCAUGUGUUAUCGCGGUAUUGCGAUAUAGCCAAAAACUCUAUCAUUACCCAAUUUUAUAUUGUUUCUACCUUCUAUCGUUUAUAUUGCCCACCCCUAGUUUGUAGCUCAUGAAAAGAAAUUGAUUACUAGAUUUUGAGUGAAAGCCUCCUCCUGUCAGCAAGGGCAUUGAAGAUGGCUGGGUCGUUCAGCAAGACACCUGAUCCCAAACACACCACCCAGACGUUCAGCAGAUGGUGUUUAAUAAAGAAGCAGCUCCUGAAGAACUGAAGCUUGGUGUGAGUCCAAUGGACCUGGAGACCCUCAACGUGAAGGAGGAAGAAGAGCCCCUUCAGGAGAUGAUUGAGACCACCAGUACUUCCCUCAAUGCUGUUUCUUGUCAGUAUGAGGAAGAUGAAGGCAAAGUUCUGUUGUCACAGUUCGAUCAGCACCAGGCUGCAGACGAUGAUCUUCCAACCAGCAGCUUCAACCAAAAGAAAAGAGAAGGUGGUGGAGAGGACAGUGGAGGAGCAAAAUGUACCAGCAAGCCAGAUCCAAAUCCUUUUGAAGAUGAUUCCAACUCGUCAGAGUCUGAAAGCAGUGAGAAUGAAGAUGACCAGGAUGGGAACAUAUGUGACUGUCAGCUGAAAUCCUUGUCAGACUCUGAGCCAGAAACUGAAGACAGUGAAAAAGAAUGGAAUGAGAACGAGUCUUCUGAGUCAGAUGUUAAGGCUGUGAACAAAUCUUUAAGCUGCCUUGAGUGUGGUAAACCUGUUCUCCACAAAGGGUCCCUCCAGAAACAUAUGAGAGGUAUAAGUGCCUCAGCAGCGAGGUCUUCAAACUGCCAGCGCAAUAAGUCUUAUGGUUGUGUUGAGUGUGGAUUUUCUUUUAACGAUAAAUCCAUAUUUAAAAGUCACAUGAGAGUCCACACAGAUCAGAAACCAUUUGCUUGUGUUGUUUGUGGACACAGAUUUAGGUAUAAGACACAUUUGAUUGGUCACAUGAGAGUCCACAGUGAACAAAAACCUUUUAUGUGUGAUGUUUGUGGACAAGAAUUUAGUGAACACACUAAUUUCAACACACACAUGCGAGCCCACAAUGAACAAAAAGCCUUUAUGUGUGAUGUUUGUGGACAAAGAUUUAGCCAUAAGGGACAAUUGAUCAGUCACACUAGAGUCCACACAGGAGAGAAACCUUUUUUUUGUGAGUUCUGUGGAAAAGGAUUUAGCCAUAAAGCACAUUUGAUAAGUCAUAUUAGAGUCCACACAGGACAGAAACCAUUUCCCUGCAAGCUCUGUGGGCAAAGGUUUACCAAAAAGCAAACUUUGAACAUACACAUGAGAGUCCACACAGGACAGAAACCGUAUACUUGUAAACUCUGUGGACAAAGAUUUAGCCAAAGGUCCAGUUUAAACAAUCACAUGGUAGUCCACACAGCGCAGAAGCCAUAUAAUUGUGAGUUCUGUGGACAAAGAUUUGGCCUUAAGCGAGGUUUAAACAGACACAUGAAAAUCCACACAGGACAAAAACCUUUUGUGUGUAAUGUUUGUGGAAAAAGUUGUAACCAAAAAGCAAAUCUAAACACUCACAUGAGAGUUCACACAGGACAGAAGCCUUUUGUGUGUGACGUUUGUGGAGAGGGGUUCAGGCAUAAAGUAAGUUUAAACGCACACAAAAGAGUCCACACAGGACAAAACACAGAUUUAACUACAAGGGUUUAAUUUUCACAUUCUAGAUUUCAGUCUUGAAACUUUGGUGGCAGUUCUUGCCCUAUAGGUUAGGGGUGCUCAAUCCUGGUCCUGCAGGACCACUAUCAAGCAUGUUUUAGUUGUUUUCUUGCUACAGCACACUUCAUUCAAUAGUUAAAUUGUGCAGUCAGCAGUUGAUCAAGCUCUGCAGAUGUCUGUUAAACACAGAUUCAAAUCAGGUGCGCUGUAGCAUGUAAGUAAACAUUCUGUAAUUUCCCAUAUUCAUGUGUGGCAAAUGCUCAGCCUAAGGGGAUGGGUGGACGUUCCCAAAAAGAGCUGUUUUCUUACAGUGACAAAGCCCUAAAAUGGCUCAUUUUGGAAUGUACUGAUAUGGUGAAGAAAAGAGCUUGUGAGAUCACUUUUGGUGAGGAAUUGUAAAUUUUGUGUCUAUACUAUCAUCUCUAGCUCAGGCGGUAGAGCAGGUUGUGAUUGAUCCUGGCUCUUGGUAGACAACUUACCUAUUGUGUUUUCAGGCCAAUAGGUCAUUGUUUGGAUUUAAGCAAUUCCAAUUCCUUGUUUUGAUUCCUAUUGAUUCCAAUUCAUUCAAGAGGCAGGGUCCAAAAACGUCAUGGUUUAAAUGAGCCAGCUAACCAUAGGUUUUAGUUGACUAAAUAGUUUGAACUUUCACAUGAAUUUUGAUUCUAUGAACCAUAACAUCACCUUAAUUUAGCAACAUGUAUUAAAAAAGCAAAUAAAAAUGCAGCACAA